ACUCGAACCGCAGCCCUAGUGAAUCGAAGUACUGGAUUAAGACCAAACUCACUUGGUGACCAAAGCAGUUUGUCGACGAAAUCCUCACGGUGUCAGAUCUUCUGUCUUCCUAGGCAGGUGUUUGUGAGGACGAUCUGGGGGUCAGAUAUGAAUCGUACAGGACAAACAAGAGCACCCUCAGCCACGAAUAACAUGAAUCAACAUACUCAAAGCCGGACGGCUAGCACUUCUAGAGUGAUUGCUAACAAGCCUGGCACCUGGGCCCAAGCCGGUCUCCCAGCCGCAUCAACCACCUCACAAUCGACCCGAGAUGCAGUAGCUCCAGACAAUUGGGCGCAAGCUAUGGGUGCCAGAUCCAAUGGGCCUCUAGAUCUUUCCGCCUCUUCUUUUCCCAGUUUGAACAACAGCGGUCUACAAUCCCAGAGCCACAAUGUCUCUAGUGCUUGGCAGACUGGCCCUCCACCAACCGAGCAAGCCCAACGACAACAACAAUUACCAUCUUCUCGGUCACAUGUAUCGUCUCGACAGCAACAGCAGCAACCGAGUGGCGGUCGUGAGGGAUUCUAUCCUACCGAUACCUACUCGAGGAAUGCGCCAAUGGAGUAUUCCUCGGAACCAACCUCUCAACCAGUCAGACGAACAAGCCAAGUACCCAGUGGACCACCGGGGCUUGUCCAGCGACCAAACCAACAGACAGAUAAUUCUUCGACCGAUCCAAGCCGAGUAACAUCCCCUUCAGGUCAAACACAAAUCUCUCGCUCACCGAUAUCACAAAGUAUCAACGCGGCAAUCGGGCAAGACAGAUUUCUGGGGCAGGAGGGAAGGUCUCAUAACAAGGAAUUCUCACAAGAUUCGCCUUCACAGCAGGUAACUGUGCAAACACGUGACAUGUUUGGUGACCGAGAGCCAGGUGCAAGACCAGAACAGACUAUGGAGGCGCUGUUUGCCGGCAUGUCCGAAAAAGAGAAAUUCGGAAUGAAAGGAUACCUUGCGGAACAAGAUAAUGCCAGUCCCGCUGGACGAAAUUUGAUGCGAGGGGUGGACCUGUCGACCCUGGGCAUAAACAUGAGUUCUCAAGAACCCCUGCUACCCACAUACCCGGGCCCAUGGGCAGAACCGAAUGCUCAGCCUCUACGACCGCUCGAUUCCGAGUACACCAUACCGGAUUGUUACACGGUGAAGAAGAUUGCACCUCUGUCAAGUCGUAUCAACGGCUUCAUGGAUGAGACGCUCUUCUUCAUCUUCUACACCAUGCCUCGAGACUACACGCAAAUGCUGGUGGCACAAGAAUUGGUGGCUCGGAAAUGGCGCUAUCACAUAAGGGAGAAACAGUGGCUCACCAGAGAUGAUGCAUCACCCAGUCCGGUACUGCUCGAUGACAAAGUCAGCGAACAAGGGUACUACAUCUGGUGGGACACCAAGCUGUGGAAGAAGGUUCGACGGAUUUAUACGCUGAGAUAUUCGGAUCUGGAAGAACAGCCGAGUAUGGGUAAUCGCACGAUACCUGCCGGAGCAAUGGGAGCGAUGGCCGAAGGCAUCAAUAUGGGUGUGGGCAACUUCAACGCCGUACCAAGUCUCGAGAGAAUGGCUGCCAGCGGCCGAGGGUUCUAGAUCACCCGGAGUCUUGUGUGAUCAAGCGUUGUGUACGGAUACUCCAACUCCGGCAUUUCAUCCGUGAAUGGCAUGAACCAGCUUCACAUGAUCGAGUGGCCUCAAAGAUCCCAAAUCGAUCCCCAAAGGACCGCACCUUUAUUCAAACUUUUGGUUCGCAAGCGUGCUGGUCCCUGGGUCAACCGACAUUUGUUUUGAUAUCACGUGCUUAACAGGCCGGGACGGGAGAUUCCGCACAUCGAUCGAUCUCCAAACUUUGAAAGUCAAACUCUCUCAAAGUCCUCACUAUUAUUCAUACCCUCCAUC